CGAGUGGGCGUCAAGACCCGCUCGCCAGCACAGGUUUCGGUGCCAUUCAUGGCUCGAGUCUAUUGGGAGAGGCGGACAACUCGUCCUUCGAUGGAUCUCUCCUGUUGUCACGGAUUUAGGUUGGCUAACUCACGACUCCACGCAGUUCGUCCCCUAUGCGCUGGUCAUUUGCCUGCGUGGUCCGGUCUGUCCCAGUGUGUGUCACCCGACUGGCACCAAAGACUCCUGGCCUGAUAUAUAAACAUGAUCUCUAUCCUUCGCUUUUCCAACCCGGGCUUGAUUUUCUUUUUUGGAAAUCAUCACUAACGCUUUCUUCCUUUGCUUUUCCCUGGAUCGGGAACAGCCCUACGACCGACAGCGAUCAUCAUCAUCAUCGUCAUCACCAUGGGCCCUUCUUACUAGGUCUUUCAAGACAUUUGGCGUGUUACAGCACCUCUCACGAAGAGCCCAACGAUCCCAAAGUCGAACUGAUAACAAGAAAUAAAUAAAGUCUGGGAGCCAUCAUCAUCAUCAUCAUCAUCA